AUGGUGAAGACAGCGGCGAUCAAUGGCGGCGCGGCGGCGAAGCAACAGCAGCUGGGCGGCCACGGCAAUGUCGGCAAGAUGAGGACGUACAAGGGCGUGCGGAUGAGGAGCUGGGGCGCUUGGGUUUCUGAGAUCCGUGCGCCGGGGCAGAAGACCAGGAUAUGGCUCGGCUCCCACUCCACCGCCGAGGCGGCGGCGCGCGCCUAUGACGCCGCGUUGCUCUGCCUCAAGGGUGCCUCCGCCGCCGCCGAGCUCAACUUCCCCGUACGCUUUCCCUUCGACCUCCCGCCCGCCGCCAUGUCGCCCAAGUCCAUCCAGCGCGUCGCUGCCGCCGCCGCCGCCGGCAGUGCCAGUGCUCCCAUCGACUUCACCUGUGCCGGCAGUGCCAGCCCCAGCGCCAGCAGUGACAUCACUCCGGACUGCAGCUCCAGCAGUGACAUCACUCCGGACUGCAGCUCCAGCAAUGCAUCAGCAGUGAGCUCCCCGGAGACGACGGCCAGCAGCGACACGGCCGACCUCGACGGCUACGACAUGGGAGGAGGCCUACCGGAUUACAGCACGCUCGCGGAAAUCGACGCGUUCUUCCAGUCGCCCAAGUGCAUGGAGUACGCCAUGAUGGACCCGUGCAGCUCCUUCUUCGCGCCGGCGCCCAUGGAGAUGGAGGAAGGGUGCGGCUGGGAGGAGGAAGGCCACAUUGCGCUCUGGAGCUUCUCCUCUCUCAACUGAACGGAACUCUCAAGUGGAGCUAGCCGGAGAAGACGAAGCAACUGACAAAUCGUUAAUCAAGCGAAGACCAGAACUGGUCACGCAUGGUGAUAACCAUACUUAUAAUUUUAUACUAUACAUAUGAUACAUUAAUUUGAUUCAAUGUAUACAGUGAUAAUAAGCUAGUUAAUCAUUGCGAGGGGGAGCUCUGAUGGAGCUACAUGUUUUAAGGCAGCUUCCCUGGAGUUAACCUCCUUACGAUUGCUUGUUACCUUCAUGUGUAAAAGCUGCUUAAUUUGCAAUUGCAAGUGUAUA